AUGUCUAUAACGACAACGUCCACACCAGUGGAUUUCCAAUUGGCCAAGUCUAUCGCCAUCAUACUAGAAGCCAAAAACAUACAUUGCACCGAGGAGUUUCUUUUCCAGCUAACAGAUCUCACAGCCUCAUACUUUCACGAUAUAGCGAAUACUCUUCGCGAGUGUACUCAUCUACAACGAAGACAAAAGCCAACAAUCAGUGACGUGCAGCUCUUUCUCCGACUUCAUGAUAUACAUACUACAGCAUUGAUAGAUCAGGUACAAGCUACCAAAAAGUCUAUGACUCCAAAAAUAAAACAACAAGUAGAAGAUGUUCAAAAACAAACAAUAGCCAUACGAAAAGCUCUUGAUUCUGAAAAUGCCGAUGUAGACGACGAUUCGCCUUCCUUGCCAUUUUUUUCCAAUGAAAGCUAUCAGAUCGCUGAGCUUGUACCUCGAGAAGUAGAGCAACCUCAGUAUAUACCAUCUUAUUUUCCAGAUUUGCCUCCUGAUUACACCUAUAGAAACACCCCCAAGUACAUGAAAACUGUUACUGAUUUGAAAGAGUUGCGCUUAAAGUUGGUGGAAGAAUCGAGAUUGACAGAGAAAUCUUUGUAUGACUUGAUAGAAGACGAGGAGAGAGUUUGGCGUAAGAAUCUUGAGAAAGAAAUCCAGACUAUGGAGGAUGCUGACAGUAGCGACAAUAACAGCAUAAUGAGCGACACACCACCAGUUGAUACUAAUGUUUUUGAUAUUGUAGCCUAUGCUGAGAAACGUAGACAGAUUCUUAUAACAAGAGAUGAGAAGUUGAUUGCAAAGCGAAAGCUCCAUGAAAACAACAUCUACAUAAAAGCAGAAAGAGUAUAUUCUCCAUAUGCCACUGAGAAGCGGACCGCCGAAGUCGACACCUAUUUCAAAGGAGCGAUCCAGGAUGAGUUCAAAUCUGCGAUUAAAGCAGUGCGUUUGGCUGAAGCAAGCAAAAAGAGAAAGAUAGAAGCCAUUUUGAAGGGAAGAGCCAAUCUUCAAAAGAAGAAAGAAGCAGAGAAUGUACAAUUCGAUUUCCAGUUUAAUGGCAUGAACCAGAUGCUGGAUGAAGAUAGCGAUGAAGAAAAU